UACCAAAUAUUGCUUUGUUUGAAAGUAUAUAUUCUGUUAAAUCAUCAUUUUUUUAUUGGAAAAAAGUGAAAAAAUAAAGAGCCUCUAAAAAUCUAACGAGACCCAGCUUUUGUAUUUCCAGCAAAUAGUAUUUCGGACCGACCGAAGGUUCUUUUACACAGUUCUAAUGUUUUAGCUGUUCAAAAUGCCACAUUUUCGAGACCAUGUUCCCAUACUUGCUGCUGUUGGAGCUGGACUAGUUGUUGGAACCAGUAUCACCGUCAUUUAUUACAAGUUAUCGCGGAAUGUCUCACGUCAACUGAGUGAGCUCACAGAAAGUGUCAAUCGGCUUCAGGUACAACUAAGCGAGCUACAAGAACAUAUUUCCAUAUGUGGAUCAAUGGUUGGAUCUCUACCUGCAACACCUAUGCGAAGUCCUGGAUCAACAUCUAACCAUGAAGCAUUUUUACUAUCAAGUCCACCAAAGCCGAAAGUUGUCCGCCAAUUAUCGAGUGACGAUGAUGAUGACAAGUUUGAGGAUACAUUUGAAACUGAAGAAAUGUUACUUGGAAAACAAGCUAAAAUUAAAGCAGACAGCAACAUCUACAAGCAGAUUGACAAACAACUGGAAUCCAAUGACACUGACAAAGCCAAGGCUUACCAGACACUCUGUGAUAUGAGAGACCAGCACCAACAGGAUACUGAGUUUCUAUGGCGACUAGCUAAAUCUACAUACCAGAUGUCACAAAUAGAGGGAGCCAAUGGUAACAAAGAGCGCCAAAAAGAACUGGUGUACGAAGGAAAAAAUAUUGCCUUCAAUGCAUUAGACAUUAAGGAAGAUGACGCAAAUAUACAAAAAUGGUGUGCUAUUACAUUAGGGAAGGUAGGAGACUAUGAAUCUAUGCAGGAUAAAAUACUUAAUGGUUUCAAGUUCAAAGAGCACAUUGAGAGAGGUAUUGAGAUCGACCCUCUUGACCCCUCUCUACAUUAUCUGCUGGGACGCUGGUGCUAUGGGGUUUUUGAGCUGAGCUGGCUGGAGAGGAAACUAGCAGCUACAUUAUUCGCCACCCCUCCUACCUCCACUUCUGAAGAGGCCCUUAAGCAUUUUCUACAAGCACACAAACUUGCCCCAACACAAUGGAAAGAAAAUAUGUUAUUCAUAGCAAAGUGCUAUAUUCAACAAAGCCAAUACAGUGAAGCAAUGGAAUGGCUGAAUAAGGCAGCCGUAAUCCAAGCCAAGACUGUUGAUGAUAAAGCUGCUCACAUAGAAAUAGAGAACCUCCAAUACAAGUACAGCUACUAUGCUAGGUGAACUCUGAACAUUAACAAAGUAUUGGGAAAUACGGAGAGAUAAUAGUUCCAUCUGUUAGAAAAUCAGAUGAUUUAAAGUGGCAGUAGAGAAUUGAGUAAAACUUGUGUCAGUAUGUCCUUUGCGAUCCCAAAAAGUAUUUGAAAUAUUUUAUGUAUGUGAUCGAGCAUUUAAGAUACAGAACUGUCCAUUACUAUUCGAAUUGACAAAAACAAUAAUUAUUGUUAAUACACAUUCAGAUCAAUUAUUUAU